AUGGAGCGACUUGAAGAAGCGCUACCGUUUGCCAAUCUCCGUGUCAUGAAGAGCGUCACGGCCUCGACGACAGGUUUUGCUCGUUUAACCACUCCAUCGCUCUCCACGAAAAUAACUUGGCGGCUCACUUGUGAGGUGAGAAUCAGUUCUCGCUCACCCCGGACGGCUAGGUUUAAGCCACGACUCAAAGCAGACGAUACACCAGACAGCACUGCCCACCCAGAUUGUGGCUGUCGUCGUGGUUUUUGCUUUGACGUGGCGGCAGUAAAGCCAUUGGCUGUAAGCCACAGCCACACGCAGGGAACCCCAAUGGCUGGCGGACUGUCCCUAUUUAAAAACUCCGGCACAGGACUAUUCACCCGCGAUGACAGCAUUCUUGCCUCCAGUCUCCUCCUGGCCGGCAAUUCUCUCAUGAAUCGGUCUUCUGAGCCUUCCUCCACUUCCACAUCGACUCCCACGACCGCGACACAGUUCUACUCCCAGUUUCAGAAUUACUACCACCUUCAUGAGAAUGAUAUUUUUCCCUCCUCCCUUAUCCCACCCCCCUCGACCACUACCAUCCCCACCGCCACAUGUGGUGAGGGCUACUCCUCACAAAUGCCAAACCUCACAGCAUCACUCCUUCGAAGUCGUUCCGACUCACUAAGUCGUCGAGCGUCGGAACCGAACUUGCAGAAAUUUGGUGCCUCUGUGGACAAUUUCAGCGCUGCUGCUGCUGCUGCGGCGGCUGUUGCUGCUGCCGCUUCCGCGACGGCAGACCGAGGCAUAAUGGUGCAGCAGAAGAAUACAACUGAACAGUUGGUUCGUGCCCUUCGUGGAAACCUUCUCCUGGAAGGAGACUCGUCACUUACAGCCACUACUGCUACCAGCACAGCUCAACCUCCAACUCAGACGAGCUCAGAGACAGAGCUGUAUCAAUCACCGAUGCAAGGCGCCUCCCAAGUCUACGAUGAAGACACCGAGGACAUUGUUGACGACGAUGAAUCCACUAUUUUCGUACAGGAGAGCAACGGCAACAGGAACAGUAAUGGUGGUGAAGAUGGCACCGGUACCAAAAGCCAUAACAAAAUUACAACUACCAUUGCUAUGACGCAGUCAUGA